UACAGUGAUGAGUAGAUCGCAGUACAGGAACAUGUUGGCCUUGCUUGCCUGCUGCUUGUUUGUGCAUCUUAUUAGCGUUGUUGUAGGAGUACCGCACGAAGUUUUCUGCGAAGUUAACGGAAAAUUUUACCGCGAAGGAGAACAAUUCGCUUCGACCAGUAACCCUGAUUUAACGUGUCAGUGUCGACGGGGUUAUACAGGAAGAAAUGUGGAGCCUUUUUGCCGACCUAUCGAGCGUAUUGUUGAAGAUGACCAUUCCAACAAUAAGAAUGAUUAUUCAACGGAAAAUUGCGUCGAGAUAACAAGAAAUAGUGAAUCGCCAAGGUACACUCAUUAUACCGAACAGUAUAGAUGUCCAAGUGAUAAAGCACUCGUGCCAAUUUCUAUGACUGAAAAUUUGAGAAGCAUGAAAGAUGAGAGAUCAAUAUGUAUUUUUGGUAGUAAAAAGUUAGGCAUAGAGGAUUUCUUUUAUCAUUCAAUGAUUGAUGACACUAGGAACUGCGUAAAAUGCACAUGUGAGCGGCCACCAAAACCAACGUGCGUGAGGCCUCCCAAUUGCCCUCUCGUUCAUAUAGUAUAAAUGUAUAGACUAAGGAAAACCUGAAAAUUUAAAAACAAAUUGUUUACAACAAAUCGCUAUACUCACGAGAAGUAUCAAGUAUUAUUAUAAAAUGAAGAAGUUACUUUAAACAAGCUACUUUCUGUUUAUUUAUUAGAUUUUGAAUUUAAGUACAGCUAUGUAAAUUCGAUCGUAAAAAAAUAUGAUUUUUAUACACUAACUAAUUGCUUUCUUUAUUUCGGUUCUGAUGAAUUAUGAUUAUAAGAAGUACUUUUUUAACAAAAUAUCGUCUCGAAUUUAUUGAACUAUUGGUCAUAAGUAAUUUUGAUGUUUUACGUGUAUAAAAAUAAA